GAGUUAUGAAAGCGACCAGCAGUACCAGCGCCAUCCCCGGCCCCGCGAUCUCUCCAGCUGAUGCUCUUUGUUAACUCGUUUCUGUGUCCAGACUCAAAGUCAAACCCAGCAAUGCUGUCGGCCAGGAGAGCGCUGCUUGUGGGCUUGAGGAGCGCGGCGGUGACGCGCCGCGGAUGCGCUGGCUCCACGGUCCCGGUAGACGACGUUGUGAACGGACUGACCGAGGAACAGAUACAGCUCAGACAAACCAUCCACAGAUUCUGUCAGGAGCAGCUGGCGCCCAAAGCCCAGGAGAUCGACAAGAACAACGAGUUCAGAGAGAUGAGGGAGUUUUGGAAGAAGCUUGGUGAUCUUGGAGUCCUUGGAAUAACCGCUCCCGCGGAGUUCGGCGGCUCUGCGAUGGGCUACCUGGAUCACGUGAUCGUGAUGGAGGAGAUCUCCCGCGUCUCUGCCGCGGUGGGGCUCAGCUACGGGGCGCACUCCAACCUGUGUGUCAACCAGCUGGUGCGCAACGGCAGCCAGGCCCAGAAAGAGAAGUACCUGCCCAAGCUCCUGAGUGGAGAGCAUGUGGGUGCCCUGGCUAUGAGCGAGCCCAAUGCGGGCUCUGACGUUGUCUCUAUGAAACUGAAAGCAGUGAAGAAAGGGGAUCACUAUGUGCUGAAUGGUAAUAAGUUCUGGAUCACGAACGGGCCGGAGGCAGAUGUUCUGAUCGUUUACGCCAAGACAGAGCCGUCCGCCAACGCACAGGGGAUCACAGCCUUCAUCCUGGAGAAGGGAAUGUCAGGGUUCAGCACAGCUCAGAAGCUGGACAAGCUGGGAAUGAGGGGCUCCAGCACCUGUGAGCUGAUCUUUGAGGACUGCAAAGUGCCCGAGCAGAGCAUGUUGGGUCACCUGAACAAAGGCGUGUACGUGCUGAUGAGUGGCCUGGACCUGGAGAGGCUGGUGCUGUCAGCAGGACCUCUAGGGAUCAUGCAGGCGGUCAUGGAUCACUCCAUCCCCUACAUGCACGUCAGAGAGGCUUUCGGGCAGAAGAUCGGACACUUCCAGCUGUUACAAGGGAAGAUGGCUGACAUGUACACCCGCCUCAGCUCUUGCAGACAGUAUGUGUACAACGUGGCGCGAGCCUGCGACAGGGGGCACUUCAGCUCCAAGGACUGUGCUGGAGUGAUUCUGUACGCUGCAGAAACAGCAACUCAAGUAGCACUUGAUGGAAUUCAGUGUCUCGGUGGGAACGGCUACAUCAAUGACUACCCGAUGGGGCGCUUCCUGCGCGAUGCCAAGCUGUACGAGAUCGGAGCCGGGACCAGCGAGGUCCGCAGACUGAUCAUCGGCAGGGCUUUCAACGCCAUGUACAAAUAAAGAGAGCCAGGGCUCAAUACACAGGACCUGUGAUCAGGGCUCCAAACCUGCAGCUCCUGCACCCAGUCCUGGGUUCACAGCGUUGAGCAGAAUCUCUUCCUUCAGCUGAUUUCUUUUAAGGAAAGUUGCUAUAAUUGUAUCACUUUGUUACUACUGGACAGAAAUGUUUCUAAUGUAAAAUCUGUAAAAAAGCAUUUGUCAGGCUCCACGAUUUGCUCAAAGGAACAGUCCAAGUUAAUGAUAAUUAUAUAUUAAGUUUGA